AUGGUCUGGGUGGUUGGAAGGGGAUCGGGGUCGAAGGGUGAAAAGAGCAAGUCGAAGUUGGCGGAAAGUCGUAGAAUCGUGGACGACGACGUUGGCGUUGUGACGGGGCUCGAGCCAGACUUCCUUUACCCGUUGGGGAACAUAACGAUCCCGCAGGGUCGAGACGCAACCUUCACCUGCGUGGUGAGCAACCUCGGUGGAUACCGGGUGGCGUGGAUCAAAGCGGACACCAAGGCGAUCCUGGCGAUUCAAGAGAGCGUGAUCACGGACAACUCGCGUUUAUCAGCGACACACACUGACUACAACACGUGGACGUUUAGCAUUCGCGGAGUAAGGCCAGAAGAUCGAGGCAUUUAUAUGUGCCAGGUGAACACGGAUCCUAUGAAGAGCCAGAGUGCGUUUCUAGAAGUGGUGAUACCGCCGGACAUAAUAUCGGAGGAGACCUCGAACGAUCUAAUGGUACCUGAGGGCGGUUCCGCGAAGUUGGUGUGCAAAGCUCGCGGCUAUCCAAAGCCUGAGAUCGUUUGGAAGCGGGAAGAUGGCGCAGAGAUUAUUUCCCGUGCCGGACUUGCCGGUGGUAAAACGAAAAUAGCUACCGCCGAGGGGGAAACGCUGACUCUGUCCAAAGUAACCAGAAGCGAGAUGGGCACCUACCUAUGCAUCGCGACUAACGGAGUACCACCAGCAGUCAGCAAACGGAUGAUGCUGCACGUGCACUUUCACCCGAUGGUUCAAGUACCGAACCAGCUAGUCGGCGCGCCAACUGGAACCAACGUUACGCUGGUUUGCCACGUCGAAGCUUCCCCAAAGGCCAUUAAUUAUUGGACACGCGAAUCAGGCGAAAUGAUAAUUGGCAACCAGAAAUACGCGAUGUCAGAGAUAAAGACAUCGGUGUACAGUGUUCAGAUGCGUUUGGUGAUCAUGAAUCUGCAGAAGCAGGACCUCGGUGGUUACAAGUGCAUCUCGAAGAACUCGAUUGGCGAUGCGGAAGGAAACAUUCGACUUUACGAUAUGGAUCUACCAAAGCACUCGAAGAAACACGGAGACCGGAGAGGAGACGAUGACACGAACGAAGCGAUCGGUGAUCGAGACCACAGACUGAAUCACGUGUACCAGGGUUCUUUACGAGAAGCAGGUUCCACCCUGGAACCAUUUCUCGACGGCGACGACGCAUCUUCGUCCACAAACCACAUUCUACCAUCCGCCUGCUGUAUCCUCCUGAUAGCAUUCUGCCAACUGUUCGCUUUGACGUAA